UUGUAUAAAGUAGAAAUAAAAUGGCGCAAAGCAACGAAACUGUGACUAUUACAGACACCAUCAAGUUGCUGGAAGAUGUCGCAUCCCUCUACCUUAAUCAGAAAUUCUCUGAUAUUACUUUGCUCAUCGAUGACCAAAAGCUAUAUGCUCACAAGGUUAUUCUUGCCGUGAGAAGCCCAUGGUAUCAGUUUCUACUUUACGAAGAUCCGCAAAACACAAAUCUGGCCGAAACAAACGUGACCGGUGUGAAUAUCGAAGCUUUGCGUAUUAUAUUAAAAUACUUUUAUACAGGUACCAUCGCUCUUCCUUCCGAUGUAGAUUUAACCCUUCAGAUACUCGGACUUGCCCAUCAAUAUUCGUUCACAAACCUCGAAACAACCAUCACCAAAAAAAUACAAUCGCUUCUAAAUUUGGAAAACGUUUGUGCCGUCUUCAACACUGCCAAUCUUUACGAUUUAGAAGAACUGCUCGAAGUCUGUCAUUCUUUCAUUGACGCCAAUGCCUCUGAAAUUCUUGGUGGUGACUGCUUCACCGACCUAUCUCAAAAAUCGAUGAUUAAACUUUUAGAACGCAGUACCUUUUUUGCUCCCGAAAUUGAAAUUUUCAAAAUUGUUAGCAAGUGGUUCAAAGUCAACAACGAUGAUGGCGCUUUAGUCAGACAGUGUGUUCGUUUGUCCUGGAUGACUGUUGAGGAUAUCGUAACAAUCGUGAGACCUUCGAAAAUAUUCGAUUGUGAGGAGCUAUUUGAGGCCGUUGCCGAAAUCGUUGGUGUAAAAGCAAAAAGUACCAGUGCUAGAGGCUUGUACAUUGUUGAUGAGAAUAUCGCAACUCCUCAACGCAAAGCGGAGGUAAUUUCUGGUAUUAGAACCACCCACUUGUUGACUGGCAAAGGAAGUGUGGACCCCUAUUAUUAUGGUGAACAUGAAAUCGAUGGUAAAAGUGCUCUUGUUUUUAAACUUGGCAGCCCAUCGUAUUUUAAUCAUAUUAGGAUGAGACUUUGGGAUGCUGAUGAACGGUACUAUUGUUAUUACAUCGCGGUUUCUCUUGAUGGAAAAAAGUGGCGAAAAGUCAUCGACUACAGGCACAUAAGUUGUUAUUCGUACCAAAUCUUGUUUUUUGAGCAGCAGGUGGCUCAAUACAUUAAACUAGAAGGAACGCACAAUACUGCAAACCCCUGGUUUCAUUUGGUGUUUUUUGAAACCUACCUAAAGACUACUAUUCCAAAAAUUUUAAAUGGCAUUAUCUGUCCAGAUGAAAAUGUGGCCACUCCAAACGGAGCUAGAGUUAUAUCAGGUGUAAACCCUUCGAUACUUUUAAAUGGUGACUUCCGCAACUACGAUGGUAGUUCAGGUUUUACUGCCCACACAAUAGGGUCAGCCGGAAUUAUAGUCCAAUUGACACAACCAUACAUGAUUUCGACAAUGAAAUUAUUGUUAUUUGACAAAGAUAACAGAAAUUACAGAUACUUUAUAGAAACGUCCCUAAAUAAAACCGACUGGGAACUUGCUGCUGAUCGCAGGCACGAAGUUAGUAAAUCUUGGCAAAAUCUUGUGUUUAAGGAGAGGGCAGUGGUUUACGUUAGAAUUACUGGAACGUACAACUCAGAUCCCGGAAACAAAGGCUUCCAAGUUGUUCAUUUUGAAUGUCCUUCCGAGAAAUAACAUCAAACAUUGCGUUUCUGUACCUACUGCUUCAUAAUCCGAAAAAAAAGUUGUAAGACUAUUAAUUAGUGAAAAAAUAAAGAUCUGCUUUGA